AUGUCUAACUUCUCCGGCAACUGGAAGAUCAUCCGGUCAGAAAAUUUCGAGGAUUUGCUCAAAGUGCUAGGAGUGAAUGUGAUGCUGAGGAAGAUAGCUGUGGCUGCAGCAUCCAAGCCAGCAGUGGAGAUCAAACAGGAAGGAGACACUUUCUACAUCAAAACCUUUACCACUGUGCGAACCACUGAGAUUAACUUCAAGGUCGGGGAUGAGUUUGAGGAGCAGACUGUGGAUGGGAGACCCUGUAAGAGCCUGGUGAAAUGGGAGAGUGAGAACAAACUGGUCUGUGAGCAGAGGCUUCUGAAGGGAGAGGGCCCCAAGACCUCAUGGACCAGAGAGCUGACCAAUGAUGGAGAGCUGAUCCUGACCAUGACGGCGGACGACGUUGUGUGCACCAGGGUCUAUGUUCGAGAGUGA